AUGUCGAUGUCGAAUCGUACAAACCGAAUAUUGGGAUUAGUACAAUCAAGAAAUAAUAUUGAAAAUAACACAGACGGCCUGGCAAAUAAAGAAAACAAUUGUACAAAUUCGAAAAAUUCGCAAACAAAGAGUAAUAUAUCAGACGAGAUUUCUGAACCAUUUAGUGAUGAUUCUUUGCAUGAUAGAACAUAUGCACCAUCUUCUACAGAUUAUGAAUCUGAAUCAGAGGCAGACAGUGAAGUAGAAAGUGCUGAAGAUGUGGAUAGUCAAGAAGAAAUAGAAGGUACAGUGUUGGAAAAUCAAGAGAUAUCUAAUGUUGAUCAAAAUGAAUGGGGACCAAUCAAAGCAGGCGAAUACAGUUUACCAAAAUCAAUAGAUGAUAAUAGUAAAAUUGAAGUAUCUACUAGAGGUCAGGCCAGUAAUGAUCUGUGGAAAGAACAUCGUAGUAAUAUGCUCAUGGCUUCAAAUUUUGGAACCGUUUACAAAUGACGAAAAAAAGACUGUUAUUAACAUUAUUUUCAUCUUUUUACGGAUCAGUCGCUACAAAAUGGGGACAAGAUCAUAAAUCUAUUUCGAUAUAAGGAUUUAAAAAUAAAUAUGGAAAAACGGUACAAGAAUGUGAAUGAUUUAUUUAUGAAAAACAUCCAUACUUGGGA